AUGUGGAAAAUUUGACAUCGAUUAUUCGAUUGCGUUCGUAUCAAUAUUGGGAUCGUUUAGCGACAUGUUGUCGCGAUAAAACCGCGAAAUUGUUGUCUAUCGCCAAUAACGAUUAUAUAUGACUUUAUGUUCGCGUAAUUAUGCCUAAAUUCUACGUCAUACAACGGUGGAGUGAUAACGCGUCGCGUGGGUGUGUAAGCCGCCGCGCCUCCUCAGUACAACUUUUGGUUUUGCGCGGGAAUGACCGCGCUUUGAGUGUUCCGAAAUUGAAUUUGCCGCUGAAUUCUUGUGUUACGUGAAGUGAUUAUUAAACUUUUUUUUUCCUUUUCGGCUUGUGUCGUAGUUUUUUUUUAAUAUGGAUGAAGGCACCACAAUGCCUGUCCGGGACGGCGCCAAGCGGCCACUGGUCGGCGUCAUUGAUGAUGGCACCAAAACAGUACGAUUUGUGAUAUACGAAGCAGAGCGUUCAGAUGAGCUGGUCUCCUACCAGAUGGACAAGACGGAGGUGCAGCCUCAGGAGGGCUGGUCCGAGCAGGAUCCGCUCGAGAUCAUGCACCACAUCAAACUGUGCGCGGAAAACGCUAUUGAUCAGCUAGUGGAAUUAGGUUAUACAAAGGAUGAUAUCGUGACGUUGGGCAUCACAAAUCAGAGGGAGACAACAAUAGCCUGGGACAAAUACACGGGCGAGCCGCUUCAUGCCGCUAUAGCAUGGAACGACAUUCGUACAGACAGCACAGUGGAUGCUAUCCUCGCUAAAAUUCCGGAUCGCAACAAGAAUUACUUCAAGAACAUAUGCGGCCUGCCAAUAUCACCGUACUUUAGUGCGCUGAAGAUGCGCUGGUUGAAGGACAAUGUGAAGGCUAUUAGACGAGCUAGUAGAGACAAGAGGCUGCUGUUUGGGACUGUAGAUACUUGGAUCGUGUGGAAUCUGACGGGUGGACCACAAGGCGGCUUGCACAUCACUGAUGUCUCGAACGCGUCUAGAACGCUGCUCAUGAAUCUGGAAACAUUGAAUUGGGACCCUAUUCUGUGCAGGUUAUUCGGCAUACACAGAGACACUCUACCUCAGAUAAGAAGCAGCUCGGAGAUAUACGGAACUGUCAAGGAUGGAUCGUUACUGGAUGGAAUCAGGAUAUCUGGGAUACUAGGCAACCAGCAAGCGGCCCUCGUAGGCCAGAACUGCAUGCAGGCAGGCCAGGCCAAGAACACGUAUCGAAGCGGCUGUUUCCUGCUGUACAACACCGGCACGCGACGAGUCAAGUCCACGCAUGGGCUUAUCACUACCGUGGCCUACAAGCUAGGCCCUGAUGUACCCGCUGUGUAUGCUUUGGAAGGGUCCAUAGCCGUGGCGGGCGGCGCCAUGAAGUUCCUGCGCGACAACCUGCGCCUGAUGCAGGACGUGGCGGCCGACACGGAGCACAUCGCGGCGCAGGUGUUCUCCACGGGCGACGUGUACUUCGUGCCGGCCUUCAGCGGACUCUACGCGCCCUACUGGAGGAAGGACGCCAGGGGUAUAAUCUGCGGUUUGACAGCAUUUACAACUAAGAAUCACAUUAUCAGGGCAGCUUUGGAGGCUGUCUGCUUCCAGACUAGGGACAUAUUAGAAGCUAUGAACAAGGACUGCGGCAUGCCCCUGUCGAAGCUACACGUGGACGGCCGCAUGACCUCCAACGACCUGCUCAUGCAGCUGCAGGCGGACCUCAUCGGGAUACCUGUCUUGCGAGCGCAGGCGUGGGACAUGUCAACGUUGGGCGUGGCCUUAGUGGCGGGCGGCGCGGCCGGCGUGUGGGGGGCUGAAGCCGCCAGAGCCACUCACUCCGACACCUUCCUGCCUACUACCACUGAUGAUGAUCGCGAUGCGAGAUACACAAAAUGGAAGAUGGCGGUCCAACGUUCACUCGGGUGGGCGACGAAUAAAAAGUCUUUCACCAUGACAGGUCAGGCAAAACGAAAAACUAGCAUGGUAACACAACAGAGUCUUGAUGUCCCACCCACGCCGGGCAGUAGGAAGAGUUCGCUCUUCGACAACCUCCUAGACGUUAAACUAGACAAAAAUUAUGACGAAGAAGAAUACAAUUCUUACGUCGAAGAAUUAUUACAGUAUUCCGCUAGAAAGUUCUCCAUAUUUGUCCCUUCGAAACCGCGUAAAAAGGAACACACUAUAUUAGAUGAUGCUGAAUAUUUUAUGAGUAAAAAGGAAUGUGAUUAUGGUAUGUGCGAGUGUUGUCCCCCAGAGAAAAAGAUUCAGACUAACUGGGAAUCGAUUGAGGAAAUAAUCGAGAACGAUCCCGAGAUUAUAUUCGAUUCCGAUGAUAAUCCGAUUGUCGUUGAGCCAGUUAGGAACAGUGAACCUGUAUUUUUCACUUCUAUUAGUACGGGGGCGGCCAAUUUGAGUAAGAAAAUCAAUUUGGAUAAGCUUCCGGGGGUAUUCAAAUCUAUCUAUAAUAAGAUCUCGAACAGUCAAUUGACGUGAAUGUUUCCUUUCGAGAUCUUGUGUAGUCAUAAUCUUAUUAAAUAACGGCUUUGAUAGCCCUAUGCCUGUACUAUGAGAUCUUAAAGGAGAUCCUGUCGUUGUUCAAGCGAGAUGCUGCUAUCGGCAGAGUAUAGCUCUAUCUCGCUACCACAACAAUAUCGGUUCUCCUUUGAGAUAUCAUAGUAAGUGCAUAAUACGAAUUAAUGAAUGAAUCUUUAGGAGAUUACGUACAAUUUACGCUGAAUUUAAACUCAUACGUAAAUGCUUCUUUGUUCGAAAAAAAGUGAAUUUUCUAAUUAAGUUAGGUACCCAAGUAUCAAAUGUGUGUCGAAUGUCGUCGAAGUAUAUAAUUGAUAGAUAUAAUUGUUAUGUAGUUCAGUUUAGUUCGUUCCUAAAAUUGUUAUUAUCAUGUGAUAUUUUUGAAUUAUGUUUAAAAUUCUUUUAGCAUAGGGAGAACGUACUUAAUGAAGUAUUAAGUAUUUAACGUAUUCGAUCCGCUUAAAGUAUUCAAGUGUAUGUGUAUUGAGGUAUUAUUAAAAGACAUUUUAGUAUUUUUACUUCUCAAAUGUUUAAGGUAGCGCUUAUAAGGCUGGUAUUACACUAGAUGCGUGGCGAGUGAUAUCGUCGGAUUAGUUGAAAUCCGAAAAUUUAAUAUAAGUAAAGUCCGCUUAUUUACAAAACAUCUAGUUUUACAGGGGAGAGGGGGGGGGGGGUUUAAAACUGAAGUUCCUUACUUUAACAACUAGUAUGGCCGCGAAAAUAAAAAUUGGCUGCAUUUGUCAGAUACACGGAAUUAUCUAAUGCUAGAUAGGUGAAUUAGACGAUCCCUGAUGAUAUAGUUUUAAAAAUUGAUAGAAACACUUGAAGACGUAAGACUAGGAUCCCAAAUACUGACAGAGUGAAACCUAGUCGCAGUUUCGGAAAAUGACGUCAUCUUGACGUCGUAAGCAGUAUAACAAGACGGCUUAGAAUAUAGUUCUGUCUAAUUACGUCAUCAAAUAGUAACCAGUUCUGUAAGCAAUGUGCCAGGCUUAUAAAUCCAAUAUUUGCAAAACUUUAUUUCAAAUAUUGGAAUCUGCAAUCACGAAGCUACGGUGAGCUAGCGUGGUGAUCAAUGCUCAAACCUUCCUUGCAGAAGGAGACCAGGGCCCAGCAUAAACUGGUAUUAUUAUUAUAACAGAUGUGAUUCUAUUGGUUCUUUAAAACAUCCCUCGUUACGCAUUGUUACUGUAAUCACAGCCUAAAUCCAAAAA